UUGUCUAUAAUAACUCCAUUCAUGUAGUUCUAGUGUGAAGAGAUGCAAGAAAAAGAGGAAAAGAACAAGAGUUCUUCUUCUGAGGAGACAAUUGUGAUAAGCGACGUGGCACAGUUGAGAGGAAGUCUUCCCCUCGCUCAGCUCAGAAAUGAGGAAGCCAUCUUCUUUCAGCUCAUUGAGGAUGGAGGUGUGACUGAGGUGGAAAAGUUUUUAACAGCUAAUCGGGAAUUGGAUGUGAAUUGUGUGAAUUACAAAGGAGAGACAGCAUUGCAUAUAGCCGUCAAAGAGGAAAACGAAGACAUGGUCAAACUUCUUCUUAAAAGACCCGAGAUUGAGAUUAAAGACACUAUUUUACUCGCAACAGAAACUGGGAAUGUGGAACUGACAAGGACCAUCAUGGAAGCCAUCAAAAAGGAAUACCCAGAGGUGGAGAUGAAAGGAUGUGAAGAGAGUCCGAAUUACUCACCGGACAUCACACCCAUCUUGUUGGCAGCACAGAAGGGAGACUAUAAAAUGGUUCGAAUGUUUCUAGAAAGGGGUCAUCGAAUAGAAGAACCUCACUCACCCAACUGUCUGUGUCCCAAAUGCAAGGCAAUCCUUCGUCAGGCAGGAUCUUCACAGUCUAGAAUUCGACUCAACAGUUACAACGCACUCUGCAAUCCUGCCUACACCUGUCAGGUGACAGACGAUCCAAUCCUCUAUGGGUUUCUCAUGGAUGCCCAAUUGAGUGAAUGCGCUCUCAUGGACAAGGAGUUUAGGUCAGAAUAUGUUGAACUUGGAAAGAAGGUGAGGAAAUUCUUGGUCUCACUUUUGUCUGAGUGUCGGAAUCCAUCUGAAAUAGAAACUCUUCUGAAACUUCCAGGAGGAUUCGAUGUAGAACACGAGAGGUCACUCUUCCCCAGGUUGCAGUUGGCCAUAGACUAUCACCAAAAAGAGUUUGUAGCUCAUUCGAUGGUGCAACAAGUUCUGACGGCACAUUGGUUGGGAGAAUUUCGAUCCUGGCCUCGCCUCCCCCUCCACUGGAAGUGUCUUCACGUUCUGGUACGCAUUCUUCUUCUACCCGUCAUUUGCUUUGCACUCAUCAUUGUACCAGAAGUGAAAUUUCUCAAGAAGUACCACUCACCACUGAACCGUUACUUGAUGAGUCUAGCCUCUUUUCUAUUCUUCCUUUUCCUUAUAUUCCUACUCAACUACCUGGACACCGGAAGGAACAAGAGAGGACCCCCCAACACAGGAAUGGAAGUCAUUGUGGUCAUUUAUGUGAUGGGUUUUAUCUGGUCAACCGCAAGAAGAUAUUGGGCAGAGGGUGCUAGGAGAUUCUUUUUGGUCGUUUGGAACUGGUAUGACAUUGCUUUGGAGUCCUUUUUUGUGCUGACAUUUUUCUUUUGGGUGAGGUCUAUGAUCGAUGUCGUCUCUGAACACAUUCAGAAGAAGAAAGCCAUGGAGAGAAAAUUUUGGCCCAGUAAUGACUCCACUUUACUUCACGAAGGCUUUCUGGCUAUAGCAACAGUCCUAACAUUUGGUAAACUCGCUUAUUACUGUCUACAGAGCUCUCGUCUCGGACCUUUACAGGUGUCUUUGGGUAAGAUGGCGAUUCAAAUAGGUUACUUUUUGUGUCUCUGUAUGCUGAUCAACUCUUCAUUUGCCAUCCCUCUCACCAGGAUGUACGCCUACUACGAUGGCAUGACACAGACCAACGCAAAGGGUGAAACCAGGACACAACUAUCAUCCUUCAGCAACAUUCCCAAUUCGUUCUUCACCCUGUUCUGGGGGAUGCUCGGUAUGUCACCUGUCGAAUCGACGGAGGUGGUGGUAGAGAACUUGACGACAGACAAGAAGAAUCCAGUCAUCAAUUAUCAUCACUUCACUCAGGGUAUCGGCCUCACUCUCUUCGCUACCUACGAACUCAUGAUGAUCAUCGCUCUCGUCAACACCCUCAUCGCCAUUCUAUCCAACACAUUCCAGAACAUUAUAGAUAAUGCUGACGUGGAAUUCAAAUUCGCUCGAACAAAACUGUGGGUUCAUUUCUUCGAUGAUUCUACCCGCAUUCCAAGUCCCUUCAACCUCUUUCCCACCCUCCACUCUUUCAAUUCAUGUCUGAAGUACUUUUGGGCAGCCACACAUCAAAUACCAGGAGCUGCGGCAAAGUGGUCAUUCAGGAGAUGUUGUUACAUUGAGUAUAAAGACAGAGGAGCAGUGGAUGAACAAGCUUACGGGGUCCUCAUGUCCAGCAUCGUCCAGAGAUAUUUCAGAACGAAAGAAUUAGAAGAAUGAAUAAUAGAUUGUUCAAAGAGAGAGAAGCAAAAUUCGAACUGUUUCAAACCGAUUUUCGCAGUGAUUUGUUUAAUUCUAUUUUCAUUGUUGUAUAUCGACGAAUCAUUUGAAAUUAAAUUAUUUGCCUUUGUUAAGAAUAGGAAUAAAAAU